AUGGAUCUCCUCCCACCUCUCUCCCCUCCAAUGCUCCUCGAUUUGCUGACUUUGGGGUUGUGGUCAAAGCUGGGAAGACUUGUCCACUACGGCGUCGAUGCCAUCCUCAUCUCGACCAUCCUCGCCGGAAUCCGACGCUCGACGGGCCUGACGCCCAGUUUCAAGUCGGAGAAGAUUGCAGGUGACAGCAACGAGACUCAGAAGUGGGUUGGCCGGUACCUGGCUGUUGGCGAGACGGCCAUGGACUGGGCUGUUGUGACUGCUGGCCAGAGCGGCUGGUUUGAGCGGAACAGGUAG